GGAAGUGAAUUCACACGAGAAGUUCUAUUCGAGUACUCCCCAUAAAAACGAAUGAAUCUAGGUCAAACAAUCGUACGUCGCUCCUCUGGCGUCCCAAGUCAGAAUGCUUCUGGUCAAGGUCGUCGUUCUCUUGUUUGCCCAUUUUGCAAAUACCUUGGUGUCUUCUGCCCCGACUGGUGACGACAGACUCGUCGUCGACACAGGAUACGCCAAAUAUCUUGGUAAUCUUUCCUAUUCCGACACCGUUGCUCAUCUUGGUAUUCCAUAUGCGGAGCCGCCCUUGGGUGAUCGACGUUUCCGCGCGCCCGUACCUUUGGACACGGGACGCAUCACGACAGAAGCACACGGGCAGGUGAUCAAUGCUACGUUUUAUCCGGAGCCUUGCAUUCAGGGCACUACGGGAGUCGGUGACGCCGGUGGCGCAGGGAGCGAGGAUUGCCUAAAGGUUAACAUCUAUUCUCCGACCAGUGGCAGGAACUUGCCUGUCUUGGUAUAUAUUCACGGUGGAGGAUACGUCUACGGGAACCCUGCCAAUUGGCCCUUCGACCAUUGGGUGCAUCAGAGUCCCAAUGUCGUGAUCGUCUCUGUUUAUUAUCGCCUCUCCUCGUUCGGUUUUUUGGCCCACCCAGACUUCGCCAGUUCCUCCGAGCACGGUGAUCUGAACGCUGGAUUUCUCGACCAGAUCCAAGCACUCAGAUGGGUAAAACAGCACAUAUCAACAUUCGGUGGAGAUCCCGAGCGUGUUACCAUCAACGGCGAGAGCGCUGGAGGAUCGUCUGUGGAGCUGCAUCUCAUCGCUCAUGAAGGAGAGCAGUUAUAUUCUGGUGCUAUAGCUCAGAGUGUAUACCGCGGUGCAGUCCCUUCCCCAGAGCAACAAAACCCCUUAUUUGACUUCUACGCGGCCAAAGCUGGAUGUGAUUCCGGAGACCUCGCUUCUCAAAUGAACUGUCUACGGAAUGCUAGUAUUGGGGAUCUUGCUCGUGCUCAAGAUGCUUCUUUCUCCGGUCCAUACAACUCUUUCCAUCCCGUCAUUGAUGGAAAAAUUUUGACUGAGCAUCCGACGACAGCCAUAGUUUCAGGACGCUUUGCUCGCGUUCCCCUAAUUGUCGGUUCAACGUCGAACGAAACGUCGGUCGCGAGUCUCGAUAUUGGUCAGACGUUAAAAAUUUUCUACCCUGGAUUGGACGACACGGAUGUGGAUGAGUACCUCGCGGCAUACCCUUCUUCGGACUUCGAUUCAGAACUGCAGAGACUGUUUGUGCUGGCUGGAGAGACGGUGUUCAUAUGCGCACGUCCCAUUUUAGGAACUGCGUUUUCGAGCGCUGGGGUAAAUGCCUGGGCAUACCGCUACAAUCAACCAAAUCCAACCAGCUCGGAUACGACUACCGUUGCGCAUGCCGCAGAGAAUUGGAUGAUGUUCCUUGGUACCAACACUGGAUUUAAUGGGACGACGACCUUUUCUCCGAUGACAGCCGAGGAAAAAGCUUUUGCGGAAGAACUGAUUGCAUAUUGGUUAUCCUUUGUGCGCGCCAAGAACCCUAAUACCUUCAAGCUUAAACGUUCCCCUAUUUGGUCGGGCUACGGCAUCGACAGUAAAGAUCAAAUUGUACUGCAACAGAAUACUACGACGACGAGUGGCAGCUUUGUUGAAUUGGAACCACAGAAGGACGGAGAUCGGUGCAGAUUUGUGGCCAGCAAGGCGGAGAAAGAACAGAAUUGAUGCCAGGUGAAAGUCUAAGCCAGUGGAGCGCGAAUGCCAAAGAAGGAAGUUUGUACUAAAUUUUGUAGGUCCGAUAGUAAGCAACC